AUCAUUAAACCGUGUUCGUCGACGUCGAAUGCUUUGGUGCUGGCGACAUCGACAAACGCGAAGCAAUAUUAUUUUUUUUCCCCCAAACAAAAGUGAUAAAUUCUUUAAAAACGAAAUAAUGCGUUAAACGGUAAACUUUGCGAACAAUGUCAAAUAAGUUGGAUUAGUGAAUAAGUGCUCUUUCGCAGUGUGUGUGUGUGUGUGAGUGGGAAAUAAACGGAACAAUAAACAAAAAAAAUGUAUCACCACGAGUACGAAAAGAGACUUUUAAAGCCUAGCAACGAUGAUCACACGGACUCACCAUCGCCGACGGGUCUUUCAUCGCCCGCAUAUUACUCGCCGACGAAAAUCGGAAACAAUAGUUACGAUCGUUUUAUUCCAACGCGAGCUGGAAAUAAUUGGCAAGUAUCGUUUUCAAUGAUCUCGGAAAAUAGUCGAAGUGGUUUGGUGACGAAGAAGACCCGCGAGAAUGGUGAAGGGAGUCGCGACGGAAUCGCCUAUUCGUGCCUCCUGAAAAAUGAAUUACUCGGUGCAAGUAUCGAGGAUGUUAAGGGUCAAUGUGACGAGCGAAGGAUAUUGUCGCCGUUGAGUAGUAAGAAUCUCUUUAGGUAUAUGACACCAACGAAAGAUCGGACACUCCUCAACCAGAGUUUGCCUUAUUCCCUGUCACCGCUCAGUGCCAAGAGUCAAAAGUUGCUUCGUUCGCCGCGCAAGGCGACGAGGAAAAUCUCCAGAAUUCCCUUUAAAGUUCUCGACGCUCCGGAAUUGCAGGACGAUUUUUAUUUGAAUCUCGUCGACUGGUCGUCGCAGAAUGUUCUAAGCGUGGGACUUGGAAGUUGCGUUUAUCUUUGGUCCGCCUGCACCAGUCAGGUGACGAGAUUGUGCGAUUUGUCUAGUGAUGGAAAUACGGUCACAUCUGUCGCAUGGAACGAGAGGGGAAACCUCGUCGCUGUCGGCUCACAUUCCGGCUAUAUCCAGGUGUGGGAUGUGGCAGUAAAUAAGGAAGUGAGUAAACUUGAAGGUCACAAUGCGCGAGUGGGCGCCUUGGCCUGGAACGGCGAAGUCCUAUCCUCAGGAAGUCGGGAUCGAUUGAUCCUCCAGCGAGACGUGCGGACGCCUUCGGUGGUGGGCGAGCGUCGCCUGGGCGCCCACAGGCAGGAGGUUUGUGGCCUGAAAUGGUCGCCGGACAACCAAUAUCUCGCCUCAGGUGGCAACGACAACCGCCUCUACGUCUGGAACCUGCAUUCGCUGUCGCCAGUGCAAACCUACACGGAGCACACGGCCGCUGUCAAGGCCAUCGCCUGGUCGCCCCAUCACCACGGCCUCCUCGCCUCCGGAGGCGGAACCGCCGACCGUCACAUCCGCUUCUGGAACACCCUCACCGGCCAGCCGAUGCAGAGCAUCGACACCGGCUCCCAAGUCUGCAAUCUCGCCUGGAGCAAGCACAGCUCCGAACUAGUCAGCACUCACGGCUACUCGCAAAAUCAAAUCCUCGUCUGGAAGUACCCCUCACUCACCCAGGUGGCAAAACUCACUGGACAUUCCUAUCGAGUCUUGUAUCUGGCCAUGUCGCCGGACGGCGAGGCCAUCGUCACCGGCGCCGGCGACGAGACACUCCGCUUCUGGAAUGUCUUCAGCAAGGCACGUAGUCAAAAGGAAAACAAAUCGGUACUGAACUUAUUCACUAGCAUUCGGUAAAUUAAUUAUUAUUCAAAGAAGAAUUACUAAAUAAUGACAAGAGAGAACAAAUUAUAUCGUGCAACGAGAGUUUCCAUGCUUUUACUCAGUGGCGAAAGGGAUAAUAAUUUAUUCUGAGGAGGUCUCGAACCUCGUUGCUCUAAUAAUGUAAAUAACAAAACAAACAAAAAUGGUAAAUUAACCCUUAAAUGUUUUAUAUUCUUUAAAAGAAUGAAUUUGUAGUAGGGAGAAAAAGAGAGAGAGAGAAACCAUUAAGUGGUUUUUAUUUUAGCUUUGCAGUCUGCAAAGUGACGAGCAAAUUCGUGCAAUACUUCAACACUGCACCUUUCCUUCGAUUUCGAAUCAAAAUCUAAAUUUAUAAUUUAUUAUAAUAAUUAUUAUUAUAAUUUCCCGUCCUCUGAUUUCGAAUCAAAAUCUAAAUUAAUAUUAUAAUAAUUUCCUUUCCUUCGAUUUCGAAUCAAAAUCUAAAUUCUUAUAAUUUAUUAUAAUAAUUAUUAUUAGUUUAAUCGUAUAAUUAUUAUAAUAAUUUAUU